UUUUUCAGGUAUGAUUGAUAAUGGAAACCGAGGUAACCGCAGUUUUACGGGACAUAAAUCAGCUCCAUUUAGAUGUGCAAUCGCAGCUUCAACAAAUCAGAGCAGAAGUGAGUUCUAAAAUUGACCUUGAAGAAGUGAACUUCGAACUGCGGCAAUGUUUUCAACAGUAUGAAUCAAAACUGAGCGAGUUGCGCAUUUUUGCAGAAGAAUUGGACGACAAAAAGAAACGCGAUGAGCUGAAUCAAGAUUACCUUUCUUACAAGAGCCAACUAACGACUUUAAGAACAGCUCUCAGAAAGGCGAACGUGCAAUGUCACCAACGGAUAGACAACGAGACAAGAGAAGCUCUAUUGUCCGGUUCAAAUUUGUCUGGUCUAGAAAAGAGUAAUAAAAAUAGAAUAUCAAUGCAGAGGCAAAGUAGAGACAUUACUGAGAAUUUGACGGCUGUGAGUCGCUUGCUUGCAGAAGAGGUUAAGAAAUCGGAGAGAACUGUGGAAUCGUUAGCGGGGUCUUCAAAUACCUUGGAGGAGACGAAUGAAGAGUUCAAGUCGAUGACUGGAGUUAUCGGUACUUCUAGGAAACUACUCUCCAAGUAUGACAGAAGAGCCCUCACUGACAAACUGCUCAUAUUUCUCGCUUUUGCACUUUUUCUGUGCACAGUAUUUUACAUAGUUAAGAAGCGAUUGUUUCCGAAUCUUUUCUGAUAGUUGAAAC